AGAUAGGAUAUAGAAAACUCCAACUCCUGGGGACCGCCCGGGCCGAGACCCCCCUUGCUUUGCUUGCUCCUCCAUGCGCAUGUGCCCUCAUCCAUCCACCUCCUCCUGCACAGCUACUACCAAAUCCAUGCGUCCAGUCCUGGUCCUGGUCCUAAAGGGCAGCUAACAAACUCAUCAGCUGGCUGGCUACAGACCUCCUGCCUGCCGCGUUGCCUUGCCUAUAUAUAUAUAUAUAUCACUUCACAUUCCGCAGUCAGAGCUAGCUUAAUUAGCACACAGCAUUCCAGCAUCUCCAUCUCCUUCAAGUUUUGUUCAAGUUGAAGCUCUGCAGCAUCCUUCAGAUUCAUUUGGAGCACGUCCAGGGCUGCACUGCCACAAAUCCCGCCGCGCGCGGGGGCUGCGCUGCGCAAGGAAAUUUCUUCCAUCAACUCAACUCGGUCUUCCGCCAUGUCGUCAUCGUCGGGCCAGCAGCACGAGACCGGACCGCCGCCGCCGACGGCGUUCAAGAGCGCGUCCACGGACGGCAAGAGCGGUAGCCGCCGGAGCACGCGGUUCAAGGACGAGGACGAGUACGUCGAGGUCACGCUCGACGUCCGCGACGACGGCGGCGGCGACGUCGCCGUCCGGGCCAUCAAGGACGUCGUCCUUGCCGGCGGCCCCGGCGUCUUGGGCGACGCGCAGGACGCCACGGCGCUCCUGGACCCCCCACCCACCGGCUCUGCUGCUGCUGCUGCCUCGGGGGGCCUGUCGUCCAAGCUCAGGGCCGCGCGGGCGCACCUCGGUCGCAUCGCCUCGGUCAAGCGCGCCGCCGUGCCGCUCUCGGCGCUGCUCCGCCGCGACCGCGACCGGGACCGGGACCGCUCCAGCAGGCUCGACAGGAGCGUCGUCACGGGCGCCGCCAGCGCGCUCAGGGGCCUCCAGUUCCUCAACCAGGCCGCCGUCACCGAGGGGUGGACCGAGGUGGAGAAGCGCUUCCAGCGCCUCGCCGUCGACGGUUUCCUCCUCCGCUCACGCUUCGGACAGUGCAUUGGCAUGGUUGGAUCCGAGGAGUUUGCCGCGCAGAUCUUCGACGCACUUGCACGGCGAAGGGGCAUCACAGCCAUGGUGCUCACCAAGGAUCAGGUCCGGGAGUUCUGGGAGCAGCUCUCUGAUCCUGGAUUCGAUGCCAAGCUUCAGACCUUCUUUGACAUGGUUGACAAGAAUGCUGAUGGUCAGAUCACUGAAGAGGAGCUCAAAGAGGUCCUCACUUUGACCGCCUCUGCCAACAAGCUGUCCAAGAUCCUGGAGCGCGUCGACGAGUACACCGCGCUGAUCAUGGAGGAGCUCGAUCCCGACAACCUCGGCUACAUCGAGCUCGCGAACCUGGAGUCGCUGCUGCUGCAGCCGGCGCCGGCGUCGACGUCGACGAGGCUGGUGACGCACAGCUCCAACAACAUCAGCCAGCUGAUCAGCCAGAGGCUGGCGCCGGCGCGCGACGACAGCGCGCUCCGCCGCGCCGCCAUGGCAUUCCUCUACUUCAUGGAGGACAACUGGAAGCGCGUGUGGGUGAUGUCGCUGUGGCUGGCCAUCAACGCGGCGCUCUUCGCCUGGAAGUUCGCCGCGUACCGCCGCCACCCGACGUUCGACGUGAUGGGCUACUGCGUCUGCGUCGCCAAGGGCGGCGCCGAGACCACCAAGUUCAACAUGGCGCUCAUCCUGCUCCCCGUCUGCCGGAACACCAUCACCUGGCUCCGGUCCCGGACAAGACUCGGCGCCGCCGUCCCGUUCAACGACAACAUCAACUUCCACAAGGUGGUGGCCGGGGGCGUCGCCGUCGGCGUCGCGCUGCACGCUGUGACGCACCUCACGUGCGACUUCCCGAGGCUGCUGCACGCCAGCGCCGCCGCGUACGAGCCCAUGAAGGCCUACUUCGGCCAGCGCCGGAUCCCGGACUACUGGUGGUUCGUCAGGGGCGUCGAGGGCGUCACCGGCGUCAUCAUGGUCGUGCUCAUGGCCGUCGCCUACACGCUGGCGCACCCGUGGUUCCGCCGGGGAAAGCUCAGCGAGGGCAACCCGCUGCGCCGCCUCAGCGGCUUCAACAUGUUCUGGUACUCGCACCACCUCUUCGUCAUCGUCUACGUCGCCUUCGUCGUCCAUGGCGUCUGCCUCUACAUCAACCGGACCUGGUACAAGCAGACGACAUGGAUGUACCUCGCCAUCCCCAUCCUGCUCUACGCCGGCGAGCGGCUUUUCCGGGCGCUGAGGUCCCAUGGCCUCACCACCGUGAGGAUCGAGAAGGUCGCCCUGUACCCCGGAAAUGUCAUCGCCAUUCACAUGAGCAAGCCGCACGGGUUCAGCUACAAGAGCGGGCAGUACAUCUACGUCAACUGCGGCGAGGUCUCGCCGUUCGAGUGGCACCCGUUCACCAUCACCUCGGCGCCCGGCGACGACUACCUGAGCAUGCACAUCCGGUGCCGCGGCGACUGGACGACCAGCUUCAGGGCGCUGUUCGCGCAGGUGUGCCGCCCGCCCGCCGCCGGGCAGAGCGGCCUCCUGCGGGCCGACUUCGCGUCCUCCACGGCGGCGGCGUCCGCCGGCGGCGGGAAGCUCCCGAAGCUGCUGAUCGACGGGCCCUACGGCGCGCCCGCGCAGGACUACCGCAAGUACGACGUGCUCCUCCUGAUCGGUCUCGGCAUCGGCGCCACCCCGCUCAUCAGCAUCGUCAAGGACGUGCUCAACAACAUCUCCGACGACGACGAAGAGCAGCCGUCGUCAUCAUCGUCGGCGGCGGCGGAGUUCAUGACGCGGCGGGUGUACUUCUACUGGUGCACGCGGGAGGAAGGGUCCUUCGAGUGGUUCCGCGGCGUGAUGAACGAGGUGGCGGAGCGGGACGCCCGCGGCGACGUGGUGGAGCUCCACAACCACUGCACCAGCGUGUACGAGGAAGGCGACGCGCGGUCGGCGCUGCUGGUGAUGCUGCAGGCGCUGCACCACGCCAAGAGCGGCGUCGACGUGGUGUCAGGGACGCGGGUGCGCACGCACUUCGCGCGGCCCAACUGGCGGGACGUCUUCAAGCGGGUGGCCUGCAACCACCAGGGCCAGCGCGUCGGCGUCUUCUACUGCGGCGACCAGAAGGUCACGCCGGAGCUCCGCCGGCUGUCGCAGGACUUCUCCCACAAGACCACCACCAAGUUCGUCUUCCACAAGGAGAACUUCUGAUGAACCGGCCGGCAAAGCAGCGGCAUGCAUGGCCGGCGUCGCGUCAUGCACCACCAUUCGUGGAAUGAAACAAAGUUAUUUAUUGGGUAUAUAUAUAUAUAUACACUAUAUUGCUGGUGUGUUUUAGGGUAGGACAAAAAUACUUGACAUACUUAUUUAUAGAUAAUGUAUCUACAGUAGUAAUUAAGCAGAUUUUGUUUAUCCUUUUGCAUUAUAUUGAGGAUAUGGAUAAGAGUGUACAGUAUAGCAUUGCUCGUUUAGUUUGUGAUCGUCUAAGGUCUUUUGGUUUAUAUUUGAUAA